UUGCACGGAUGGAGAGACCCACACACCAAGCGAUGGCGAUGUUUAGACUAAAACCCUAGCUCUAAACCCUUCACCAAUCUCGGCCAUCACGAUGAGUCAGGACGCCAUGGACGUUGAUCAAUCUCAGCCCACCGCAAGGGCGCGUACUCUGCACAAUUUAUCAACCGGCCCUCUGUCUUCGUCAGCCGUCAAGCUCUCGGGUUCUUCCCGAUGCUUACCUUCGGACAAAGACUUUCACUUUUACUACAACUUCGACGAAUUUAAGAAACCAAUUGGAGAAAUCGAGAAAAAAUCCCAGACGAUGCUGGAAGCCAUCGGCAACUCGGCGCAUUUAUGGGGCAAGGAGAUUGAUUUACCCAUGGAUAUCGACGAUGCAUAUGACUGGUUGGUUAAUGUGAAUGACGAGGUUUUAGAGCGGUUCGAUGUGUCCUUCGACGAGUUUCUUAGGAUUAGGAAGAAAGAGGAGGAGACAGGGUGUCCCAUGAGUUCAAUGCCGGGCUCGGAAGACGGGUUCCAGUUGGUUUAUGGGAAGAAGAAGAAGAAAGGGGCUAAUCAUCUGGGAGCUGGGAAAGUAGACGAGCCAGAUUCAAGUCCUGCCUCCGGUGUUAAAGUGGCCGCAAAAGACAAGAAAACGACUGGGUCGAAGCCAAAGAUUCCGUUUCAUAUACCAACAAUUAGGAGGCCUCAAGAUGAGUAUAACAUUCUAGUUAAUAAUUCAAACCAGCCUUUUGAGCAUGUUUGGUUGCAGAGGAGCGAUGAUGGUCAGAGGUUUAUUCAUCCGCUGGAGAAACUCUCUGUCUUGGAUUUUGUUGACAAAGAUCUUGGAGAUUUUGAACCUAGAAAACCUCCCCCACUAGAAUGCACCCCUUUCAAACUUGUGGAGGAUGUCAAAGGUUUGAAGGAGUUGGCUGCUAAGCUGCGGGCAGCUAAUGAAUUUGCGGUGGAUUUGGAACAUAAUCAAUAUCGGUCCUUCCAAGGCUUGACUUGCUUGAUGCAAAUCUCCAGGACUGAAGAUUUUGUUGUGGACACUUUGAAGCUUAAGAUUCAUGUAGGGCCACAUCUAAGGGAAGUAUUUAAGGAUCCUUCCAAAAAAAAGGUCAUGCAUGGAGCAGAUCGAGAUAUCAUUUGGCUUCAACGGGAUUUUGGCAUUUAUGUUUGUAAUUUAUUUGACACUGGCCAGGCCUCAAGAGUUUUGAAACUGGAAAGAAAUAGUUUGGAAUAUCUUCUGCAUUACUUUUGUGAGGUGACUGCAAACAAAGAAUAUCAGAAUGCAGAUUGGAGACUACGCCCUCUGCCUGAUGAGAUGAUGAGAUACGCCAGAGAAGAUACUCAUUAUCUGCUGUAUAUUUAUGAUUUAAUGAAAAUCAAGUUAUUUGAAUUGCCCAAGGAGGCUGAAAAUUCUGAUACUCCUCUGCUGGAGGUCUACAAACGCAGUUACGAUGUCUGUAUGCAGUUAUAUGAGAAAGAACUUCUGACGGAGAACUCUUACCUCUAUAUAUAUGGGUUGCAAGGUGCUGGUUAUAACGCUCAGCAGCUUGCAAUUGUUUCAGGGCUUUGUGAAUGGCGAGAUGUUGUUGCUCGUACAGAAGAUGAGAGUACUGGAUAUGUCUUGCCUAAUAAAAUACUUCUUGAAAUAGCUAAGCAGAUGCCUGUUACUACAAGCAAGCUCCGUCGAAUGCUAAAAUCAAAGAACCCAUAUAUCGAACGCAAUCUUGAUACUAUAGUCAACAUUGUUAGGAAUUCCAUGCAAAAUGCUUUUGCUUUCGAAGCUGCUGCUCAGCAGUUGAAAGAGGGACGCCUUGCAACUGGAUCGGAUCACGCAGUACCUCUUAGAGAUGAAACUGAUGCUCCCCAAGAGGAUAUGCCUCACUUAAAUGUUUCAAAUGCAAAAAAGGGAAAUGGAGUUGAAGGUGGCACCAGUUCUAAUACCUUGGAAAAAUCUGCUACUUCUGUCCACCCUAAACAGGACACUUCUCAGCAGCAAGUUAAAAAGGGGGAGGUAUCUAUUAAAUCUGAUACACUCACUGUUUUAGAGCAGGACAGAAAUGCUGCUGGUCGCAAAGCAACUGUUCAGGUGUUGAAAAAGCCUGCUGGCGCUUUUGGGGCACUUCUUGGCAAUCCAGCUUCAAAGCGGAAGCUUGAUGCUGGCAAAAAAGGCAAGGAAGAGGCCAAGCUGGAGCAGAUUAGAUCUUCGGUCAGUCUUCCUUUCCAUUCGUUUUUGGGCAGCAGUGAGAAGUCAAAAAUAGUCGAAGAAAUUCCUAGUGUAGCAGCCUCUGAAAGCGAAGCUUCGGCUGUCCAAAACCCAGUUUCCGACAAUCCUGUUUCUGCCUCCACUGCUGAUGAGAUUAUUCUACUCGAUUCUGAUACUGACCCAGAGGAUGCUACGAACAAUAAUCCGGAAAGCACAAAGGAGGACAUUGAGAAAAAUUCUACGGUCUCCACUUCAGGAAAAGAGAACGAAGACGAGCCAAUGUCUCUCUCGGAACUGUCAUCAAGCUUCCAAAAAUGCUUUCAGUCAAACACUCAAAAUAGAAGAAGACUAGCCAGUAAAGCUGAAGAAUCCGGUAGGUUACUGGAAGUGAAGCCAUUUGAUUACGAAGCUGCCAGGAAGCAAGUCAGGUUUGGAGAAGAUGCAACUUUGCAGGAGGAGGACGAUGACGAAGACGGUGGUCUGAGGCGGCGGCAGCGCAACUCUGGUGGUAAGAAGAAAAAUUCAGCAGUAGGACGGGGACAAACUAGUGAUGUGGCCAAAGAACUGCCUUCCGCUAGAAGACGUCAGGCAUUUCCAGCUUCUGGGAAUCGGAGCGCAACUUUCCGCUGAAUAUGAACUCUGCUUUCUUGGUUUACGAGAUACAUGGCGAAGCUUGCUGGUCCAUUCAUAUCCGUCCCUGUCGCAGUCUAAGCAACAUGAGAGGUUUAGAUGCCUAUUUGUUCCCCUGUUUUUCUCAUCUUUCAAUUGGAAUCUGACACCGUCUUUAUAUGAGCAGGUCAUCAGAAUCUGUGAGUAGUUGAUUUGUAACGUACUUGCCCUGCUUUCAAUUAAUGAUAAUGUUAUCUUUUAUUUUUUUAAAAAAUUAAA